AUGGCUGAACAAAGGCAACGUGCUUUGUCAACGUCAGGGGAAGCAUUAUAUGGAAUCCUGGCCCUAGAGAAGGGAGCAACACAUGAUGAGAUUAAGAAGUCCUACAGAAAAUUGGCUCUGAAAUAUCAUCCUGACAAGAACCCUGACAAUCCAGAGGCUGCAGAAAAAUUUAAAGAGAUAAACAAUGCUCAUGCAACACUGACUGAUCUGUCCAAGCGAAACAUAUACGACAAGUAUGGAUCCUUAGGGCUCUAUGUGGCAGAACAGUUUGGUGAGGAAAAUGUUAACACAUACUUCAUGCUCUCAAGCUGGUGGGCAAAGGGCUUGUUUGCAGUCUGCGGCCUCCUGACAGGCUGCUACCUCUGCUGCUGCCUCUGCUGCUGUUUCAACUGCUGCUGCGGAAAGUGCAAACCCAAAGCACCUGAAGGGGAAGAGUAUGAGUUCUGUGUGUCUCCGGAAGAUUUGGAAGAGCAAAUUAAGAAUGACAUGGAAAGAGAUGGAGAAACUCCUAUUGUGCUUCAGCCGACAAACGCAACCGAGAAGACGCAGCUCAUAGGGGACAGCCACCGGAGCUACCGCACGGACUCCUAGAGCGGGCAAACACGGCCUGAGGGUGCCUCCCAGUGAGUGUCACGGCAAGGAAGAACACGUGGAAAGCUCUGCAGUCUGUAUUUGUAGUUGUCUCUAAGCUAAUCAAGACUAACCUGAGAGUAAUUUCCUGUUGAGGCAGAAUCUCUCUUUAGGCCACUUCAUGUAGGUUCACAUUGCACUCUACAAGGAGAUGCCUACAGCCAGUACAGAGCUCUCGCUGCUUCAA